UGUAGCUGCGGGGGCUUCGGGGGGCCAUGCAGAGUGAGCUCAACUCCAGCGGCGAUCCGGGGCGCCUGUCGCCGCCGCCACCGCAACUUCAACACAACAUCCCGGCGCUGGUGCUCGGAGUCCUCCUCAUCAUCUUCAUCAUCUGCGGCAAUCUGCUGGUGUGCCUGAGCGUCUGCACGGAGAAAGCGCUGAAAACGACCACCAACUACUUCAUCGUCAGCCUGGCCGUGGCCGACCUGCUGCUGGCCGUCCUGGUCCUGCCGCUCUACGUCUACUCGGAGUUCCAGGGUGGGCUGUGGACCCUAAGCACCGGCCUCUGUGACGCCCUGAUGACCAUGGAUGUGAUGCUGUGCACGGCCUCCAUCUUCAACCUGUGUGCCAUCAGUGUGGACCGCUUCAUCGCCGUCUCCGUCCCCCUCAACUACAACAGGAGGCACAUCGACCUGCGGCAGAUCGUCCUCAUCUCCACCACCUGGCUCUUCGCGCUGGCCGUGGCGUCUCCCGUCAUCUUCGGCAUCAACGACGUCCCCCGCCGACGCCACACUGAAUGCAAGCUGGAGGACGACAAGUACGUCGUCUACUCGUCGGUCUGCUCCUUCUUCAUCCCCUGCCCCAUCAUGCUGCUCCUCUACUGCGGGAUGUUCCGGGGUCUCAGGCAGUGGGAGGAGGCCCGCAAAGCCAAGCUCAGGAGCAGCAUGGCCGCCUGCCGCAAGCCCCCGCCGGCCAUCGAGAGGGGUGUGCAGCUGGAGGGGGGGGGUCCAGUGCACACGGUCUCCUUCCCGGAGCUCAAGUACGCCCAGCCGGGCUCGAGGAGGAAGAGGGCGAAAAUCAACGGGCGCGAGAGGAAGGCCAUGAGGGUGCUGCCAGUCGUCGUGGGCGCCUUCCUCCUCUGCUGGACGCCCUUCUUCGUGGUGCACAUCACCAGGGCACUCUGUGCCAGCUGCAGGAUCUCGCCGCGCCUCGUCAGCAUCGUCACCUGGCUGGGCUACGUCAACAGCGCCCUCAACCCCAUCAUCUACACCGUCUUCAACGCCGAGUUCAGGAACUUUUUCCGCAAAGUUCUGCACUGCUGUUAG